GCCAUCGUUUUCCUUAAUUGACCUUUUCUCUUAUUGACUAAAGUCAAACGGUCGUUCACCGGAACCAAUGGCCGGAAUCAAAACUUCACCGGCAACGAUUAAACUCUUCUCCGUUCUAUUUCUCAUCCUCACAAUCUCAUCUCCAUCACCCAAAUUCGUAAAUGCCUUCACUUUCCCAUUUUCAUUCACACAAUACAAAACCCUAAUCUCAAUCUCACGAUCACUCCUCCUCCGCGUAGCUAACCUACGCGCUUCACGUGGAGACGCAUUGGGUUCUUCACGUGUACGAGCCAUGGCUGAUGAAAUCGAUCGUGGAUUAGGGUUAGGGUUUAUAAGCAGAGCUUGGUCUGUUGGUUGGGAUUACAUGUGGAAUUACGCUUGGAGAAAGGGAGGGAUUGACUACGGUGAGAUGUAUGGUGCGAUUGGUGAUCUCAAUGAGCUUAUGGGUUUAGUUACUGAGUUUAAUAGAGCUGAAUCUAAUGCUGAUAAAGCUAGCUCUGUUGCUCGGAGUUAUGGCAAAGCUCUUCGUGUUUCGAAACAGUUGCUUCGUCGUCUUCUUAGAAUCUUUGGUAAAUCGGUAUGGCUUCAGAAAAAGGAUUGAUUUUUAGAUUCAUUUACACUUAAGGAUUACAGAAUGUGAAUGCAGUAGGAGAAAAGAGUGUUACUUUGAUCAAGAACUAGGAUCAAAAUCGGAUUUUCGGUAACUGCAAAUCUUGAAUGUGAAGUUUCUAGUACACUUCUCUAUGUAUGUGUUAUAGUAGGUGAGGUUUAGAGUUGUCUCUUCUAUUAGGUCUUAAGCUCACUUUGAUUCUUGUAACUGAUAUUAUUGUUACACUAAAUCUGCUUGAAGUAGAGGAAAGGUUGAUACUUUAAUCAUCGAUUUACAAAAGGGAAGCAGGGUUGUCAAGAUUUACAGUGAAAAUUUGGAUUUGAUUACUACAGAUUUUGAAUGUGCAUUGUCUAAUAUUCGUUGCUUAUUGGUUGUUUCUUGUGAUAAUUUGCUACUUGUUCUGUUAUUGGAGUUAUGUAUCUAUGUGUUGCAUAGGUGAACUUGAGAGUUGUCUGUUUGGUUAGGUCUCAAGCUCACUUUGAUUAUGGUUAUUUGAAUUUCGUAGUUGAUACUUCAUUUUUGUUUUAGCUCAUGCUUUGAUGUCUCGUAAUGGCCAUGUUUGUUAUUAAAGUUAGUCUUUGUCU